CAUCGGCCCAUCAGGGGAUGAUAUGUUCUUGACCGAACGAAAACCAGGGAAAUGAUGAACGGGCUGCCGGACUCUGAGAGGCUGUCUCGUUGUGUCAUCUUGAAUCUCGUCAUGGGAAGCCGCAUUGGAGGACCCGAAGGCGCGCAAACUCACGGCAAGCGUCGUGAAGCUAUCCAGAAGUCAUAGCAGCGUCCAAGUAUGGGUGCAUCUCCCAAGUCUCAAUGGACUUGCUUCCAUUACACUCCAAUUACUAGAACUUAUUUCUGCCCGGCUUCGAUCCCGAAUGCUUUCGGCUGUUUCAGAGCACUUCCCGCCGGCAUGUGCCGCCCAUCGUCGGUCUCAACUUUGGCUUCAUCGAUCCAGAACGACCGGCCCUACCAACGGGUACCUCUUACAGGAGCGCCAGACAGACGAGGCGGCUCAGUCACACGUCCAUCACAACCCAUGUAACACCAGCAUGCGCUUAUUCUUCUUCUUUACUUCUUCCCUCUGCUUCCUGGAGUACUUGAAUCUGCCGCCCGUCCCAUAUAGCCCCAUAAUCACUCCUACCCUCCCCACACCCCUUUGCAUUACAAGUUUGGUUCCUCCAACCACGCUGCCUCCUCUACCGUCUCGACCUUUCCUCCCUUGGUCUGUAUUCCGGCCGGCCUCCAUCGUGACUGGGUGGACAGCCUUCCACGCAAUGACACGCCUCGCUGAGCAGCCGUGCCUGGCACCCCUCCCGACGAACCGUUCCCAUGUCCCCUGCGUAUUGUCUGCCGCCCGUCAUCCGUUAAAGGAGCAGAUUUGCCUAAAGUCUUUGCGGACCCAAAGAACGACAGACGGCUCACUGAGGGACUCCCUGAUCUUGUCACCAUCACGUCUGGGCCGCUGUGUCUCAAUCUUCCACUGACGCACCGCACUGAAGACCCGGUCCUGGGGCGAUGACCGCUCAUGUGCUUGUCAAGAGUUAACCUUCACUUCGUGGUUGACCUCAUGCAAUGCAUCU